AUGCUGGUGCUGCCUUUCUUGUUAGCUUCGCUGCCUUUGCUGCUGGUAGCGCUCUACCUACAGUUCCGAUGGCAGCAGCGUCACAUUCUGGCGGCUGCCUCCAAGCUACGGUCGCCUCCAGCUCUUCCGCUUAUCGGCAACGCGCUCUACUUCCUUGGCGAUAUUACAAGUGUUACAAAGAAUAUAGUUAAGUUUACAACUGAGUUCAAAGGACUUUUUUGUCUCUGGGUUGGACCUGUUCCCGUCUUCGUCGCAACUGACCCUAACGAUGUUCAGGUUAUACUUAACAGCUCCCACACGCUUGAAAAGGAUGACAUUUAUAAUUUUCUCAAACCUUUUAUGGGGAAUUCGCUAUUUACAGCACCUGGCCAUCAUUGGAAGAAGCAGCGGCGGUUGAUGAACCCACUGCUGGUUCCCUCCAACGUAGAGAAGUUUCUCCCAGAGUUCAAUGCGGUCGGGGAGGAGUUGGCGCGUCAAUUGGGACAGGCUCCUGGAGAGAUUGACCCUAGGGACGGGAUAUUCAGCAUAUCUGUUGACGUCAUAAUGAGAACUGUUAUCGCAAGCAAACCAUUGUCAGUUGAAGCAAAACAGGACAUAUUUGAUCUUUUAAAUGACGUCGGCAAAAUGUUUACCUAUCGACUGUUCAAAGUGUGGCUCCACAUAGAAUGGUUAUUCAAUUUCCUUUAUAGCAGGGAAAUGAAGAAAGCAGAGCAAAAACUAGCAGCUUGCUACAAUCUCAUCGAUGAGCACUGGAUUGAGGCGGUUCAAGAGCGAGGUCAAGGAAGCAAGCAGGAAGAAGAACUUGAAGAUUACAGACCAAGAAAUAUUUUAGACGUUGCUUUUACACAAGUUAACAAUGGAAGCAACAAAAAGGAUUGGUUCGACGAAAUCAACGGUGUCAUUGUUGGAGCUACGGAUACAGUGGUUGCUGCUAUAUCGUUUCUUCUUCUUACUCUGGCAAACCAUCCCGAAAUACAGGACAAGGUCCACGCCGAGAUAGAGGAGGUCCUCGGGUCCAGGUCCGAUGAUGAGGUUACCCUGGACGACCUCAACCGUUUGACGUACCUCGGACAAGCUCUCAUGGAGACGAUGAGGAUCCACGGAGUCUUCCCUUGUAUCCUCCGAAAAGUCACCAAGGAUAUUAAGCUAUCUGAGGCCACGUUGCCGACCGGAAGCCGAGUGAUGCUGACACUCCACGCCAUGGGGUGGCAUCCGGACACAUUCCCAGAGCCUCACAAGUUCAUUCCUGGGAGGUUCUCGCCCGAACUUCAACGAGACCCUGACCACAAGAGGCACAACUACGCCUUUCUUCCUUUCAGUGGAGGGCCUCGCAACUGCCUAGGAAAAGCCUACGCCAUGCUGAUGAUGAAGACGGUUGCAGUACAUAUCCUGAGGAGAUUCAAGGUCACGACCGAUGUCAGCCUAUCAGACAUUCAGUACGAGCUCAAGGUCGUGAUGCACAGCAGGACACCUCUGCUGCUGCGGUUUGAGCCUCUUUUACCCUCCAAAGUGUGAAGAAGACAACAUAUUUAUUGAGAAUCGAUUAUAGAGAGACAUUUCUCGCACCAGGUUCCGAUUUGCAGUUGCUGUUUGUUCAAAGCUUAUACGAAUGUUUUAUAUGUAGGCUUGUACUUUUCGAUGAUCUAUUUAAUUUCUUCAAUGUUGAGGUUCACACCAUUAAGUUUUGAUUGGCUGAUUUUUGGAUAUCCGGCCCUCCCUACGGGCAUCCAAGUGUACUGUCUAGGGUACGACGAGAAACCUACUUUUACCACCUUGUUUAUAUUCAAAAGAAACGUGUAGGACUGUUGGAGUCUGUACCUAAUAAAUGUAUACAUACUUCUUGAUUGUUUUAGUGCCCAGCAUACUACGCAGUCCAUCAAUUCCUCAUACCAGAAUACCUCUCUUCUUGAAACAGAAUCGAAACAAUAUUGUAUUAGGAUUUUAAUUGUUAAGGUAGACAUGUAUCCCUUACUAGCUUGGAAAGCUAAUACAUUUGAA